AUGUGCCUAUUUUCGGUGUGCAAUAAACGUCUACCCCCCUGUCGUGUCGUUCUCGCUACAUUUGGAUCUAAGAAAGGCAUUCCGACAUAUACAGCCAGUCGACUUCAGCGCUGGGCAAAUCUGCUCCUUGGGUAUGAUUUUGGCAUGCGGUUUUUGUCCACUGACUCUAUUGGACAAGCGGACGCCCUGUCCAGAUUGAUCAAUACCGGUAGACGCGAUCAAGAAGACGCAGUCAUUGCAUCCAUUGCAGCCGAAUCGGACGUCAGCUACAUGAUACAAGACGCAGUGUGUAACUUGCCAGUGAAUGGUUUAAUGGUUGCGCAAGCCACUAAACAGGACGCUGUGCUGUAA